ACCCAGGUGUGUGUCUAUGAAGAGUACGAGGUCUGUGGAUCACCCAGUACAUUUUAAGAGUGGAGAUACAACGCCUGAUCACAGCCAUGAAGUUCUCAACGCGUUUAGAUCAAAUCUGAUAAAGUAGUUUCAAUGUCUUUAUGAAGUAGCAGCAAAGCAGGGAAACCCAACACUCCUGAAUGAGAUCUACACAGAGCUCUACAUCACAGAGAGCAAGAGUGGAGAGAUCAGUAGUGCACAUGACGUGAGACAGAUAGAGACAGAAUCUAGGAGAACAGCAAAAGAGGACACAUCAAUCAAAUGCAAUGACAUCAUUAGACCUUUACCUGGACAAGGCAAUGCCAUCAGAACUGUGCUGACAAAGGGAGUCACUGGCAUUGGAAAAACAGUCUCUGUGCAGAAGUUCAUUGUUGACUGGGCUGAAGGGAAAGAGAAUCAGGACGUCCAGCUCAUAUUUCCACUUCCUUUCAGAGAGAUCAAUCUGAUGAAGGAUAAAACACUCAGUCUUUCAGAUCUUCUUCAUAUUUUUAUCACUGAAUCAAAAGAAAUAGAAAUAUCCAGUGAUAAAUGUAAAGUGUUGUUCAUCUUUGAUGUUCUGGACAAGUGUCUUCUGUCUCUGGAUUUUCAGAGCGAUGCAAGGUUGUGUGAUGUAAGUGAAUCAGCCUCAGUGGACAUUCUGCUGAUGGGAAUCUGCUUCCCUCUGCUCUCAUCUGGAUCACCUCCAGACUCUGAGUGUGUCCACCGAGUGACAGAGGUAUGAGGCUUUAGUGAUCCACAGAAGGAGGAAUACUUCAGGAAGAGAAUCAGUGAUCAGAGUCUGGCCGAUAGGAUCAUCUCACACCUGAAGUCAUCAAGGAGCCACAUCCCAGUCUUCUGCUGGAUCUCAGUCACUGUUUUAGAGAAGAUGUUGAGUGAAGCAGAGAGUGGACAGAUUCCCAAGACUCUCACUCAAAUGUACACACACUUCCUGAUCCUUCAGACCAACAUCAAACACGAGAAGGACUAUGAGAAAAAUGUGACGGAUGAAGACAUGAUCCUCAAACUGGGGAAAGUGGCUUUUCAGCAACUUCUGAAAGGCAAUGUGAUCUUCUAUGAGGAAGACCUGAGAGAGUGUGACAUUGCUGUAACAGAAGCAUUAGUUUACUCCGGAUUGUGCUCUCAGAUCUUCAGAGAGGAUAUUGGCUUGUAUCAAGGGAAAGUCUUCUGCUUUGUUCAUCUGAGCGUUGAGGAACAUCUGGCUGCUCUAUACAUGCACCUUUCCUGUAUAAACAACAACACAAAUGUGUUUGAUCCAAGCACCAAACAAAAACCACUAUCUAAAGUUUUGAAUUUGUUUAAGAAUAAUUCAUUAUCUGAGUUGCACGAGAGAGCUAUGGAGGAGGCCGUGUAGAAUAAAAACGGACACCUGGACCUUUUUCUGCAGUUCCUUCUGGGGCUGUCAGUGGAGUCUCAUCAAAAUCUCCUGCGAAGACUAAUGACACAGACGAGAAGCAGCUCUGACAGCAAUAAAAAAAACAGCUGUGUAACAUAAAGAAGAAGAUCAGGACCAUUGACUCUCCAGGGAAAUUCAUCAAUCUGUUCCACUGUCUGAAUGAAGGUGACCAUUCACUAGUGGAGGAAAUACAUCAGUAUCCGAAAUCUGGAACGAUAAAGGGAGCCAAACUCUCUUCGUCUCAGUGGUCAGCUGUAGCCUUUGUGUUGCUGACAUCAGAAAAGAAGCUGGGUGAGUUUGAUAUUAAUAAGUUUGUUGAAGGAAACAAUUAAACUGCUGCCUGUGAUUAAAGAAUCCAGAUCAGUUCAGUAAGUAUCAUCGAGAACAAUCAAUUCAACCAUUAAGAAAAUCUAAACGUCCAUGAAUCUUCAAUGCUGCAGAUGUUGUGUGGUCAGUAUUUUUUAUGUGUUUCUAUACAGUGACACUGUAAAAAAGACAGAGAAGUUGCAUAUGAAUAAAUAAUUCAGGUUUAACAAUUAAUAAAAAUGUUUUUCAAUAGAAAUAGAAAAGGAAUUUAAAUAUUUUAAUUGUGAAA